AUGUCGAGAUCGAGUGAAAGCUCAUCUGCAAAACGACAAUUUUCAAAAUUGGUGGACGAUCCAGACAUAUUUCACAGACUUUUGUUCUUCGGAGAUACAUUCUGGAUUGUGGGUCCUGACAACUCUUUAAAAGUGACCAGGAUACUCAUUGAGAAGAACGGAGGAAUCAUGCAAAGAUCAAUCAACCGAGCAUCUCACGUGAUAUUCACGAAACCAGAUGAUCUCACAGAAUGUAUGAAAAGUCUAUCACAGUUCACAAUAAUGAAUCAAUCCAUUACCAACCAUGUAAAACCUAAACCCCUGGCGGAAGGCUGGAUUCAUGACUCUUUAUGCUUUGAAAAGAAAGUAAAGAUUAACCCAUACCUCGUCAAUGAUAAGAAUAUAUUCGAUGACAAGUUUUGGAAAGGUCCUGGGAAAGGAACAGAAGAAUCUAGUUCUGCACAUGAUGGUAAUAGAAAGAACCAAAUACACAAAAAGUUACCAUUUCCUCCUGCAUCUUCAUCCUUAAAUGCCUCGAUCCCAACAGAGGAGAAGGGAAGUGUUAGUGCUCUAGACUUCACGCUCGAAUCUAACCCUUCUUCACCCUCUACCAAUUUAGAUAAGUGGGUUUCCACGAUGGAAAGGAAUCGUCAAUCUAAGCGCAACCAAACGGAGAUAAUCUACGAAGACAUCCCUAUUAAUUGGAGAAGGAAAUCGAUAUCAAACGCUCGACCGAUCAUUCCUACCUCCACGAAAUUAGGGAAACGCCCCAAGAGAAGCUAUGCAAAUAACUCGCUGGACGGAAGCGGUACGGCUGCCUCCCCUUCGCACUUGGGAUCGCCAGUAUCCCAUGCGAAACUUACUCAUAAACCCACAAACGACACAAUUGCGUCUUCAACCUCGUUCAGGGCAACGAGUGAUUGGUCAAUGGCAGAAGAGCAUCCUUUGCAAAUCACGUUUGAUACUAAAGAAUCAUCCCCUUCGAGCAUUGUUAUACCAGAGAAUGAUCAACCACAAUUUCCCAUCGAUAUACCUAUUCUCAAUAACAAGUCAAGAGCGCUCGAACAAGCUCAACCAACCACUUCUGUUUUGAGAGAUAUCACUGACAGGAUCCCCUCGAGGGUAUUGAGAUCGGCAAACAAACCCAAGCGAUCUGUUUCUCCUUUCCAUCCGGAAAUCCCCCAAGACAGUUCAUUCCAUGCAAGCUCGAACAAACUCCCUCAAUGUCAAGGGGAACAAGCGGAAGAGGUUAAACAGCCAAUGAACAAAACUAAUGAACGCAAGGAGGAUGAAUAUCAGAUACAGGAACAAGAAAGAGAUGACGAUAAAGAUGCGGAUUACAUUAACGAGAAGCACGACCAAGAAGACGGUGAAUCCGGAGAGGAGGUACUUCGUAACAUAGAACCAGUGGAGAAAGUGGAGAAAGACGUUGCAUUCAAGAAACAGCCUCAAUGUUCUUCUAAAAGUGCCGAAUACAACAGAAAAUACCGUAACCAAAGGACAGUCCAACCUCAAGAUCAAAAAGUGUAUGAGGCGUUGGUAGCUGAUCUCCAAUCCAAAGUUGCGGGAGAAGGAUUCCCGAAAGGUGGGAUGAAAGCUUAUCUGGUCAAACGUGGAAUUCAUUCGUUAUAUACCAAAUAUGGUACUCUCAUCCGAGAACAAGUUCCCGGACUUCCCCGAUCUCGAGAGAAUUUUGGGAAGAGACAAGGUGUCAACCCUAGAUGGCAGAAGUUUAUAGAUGAACAGGAUGAGCAAGGCAAGUGA